AUGUUCAGGAAGAAGCGCAGCCGGCUGCUGCUGCUGGCAUCAAACCUCAUGAUUCCUCUGGGAAUGCUCAUCUUCAUGACCGGCCUCUUUCGCAGUCGACCGAGGGUCGCCCAAGGUGGUGAUGAGGCAAUGCACCACCCAGCGCCGAGCCCUUACCGUCAUAACGCACCACCGUUUGACAAGGUCAUCUUCAUGGUCGUUGACGCACUGAGAAGGCAAGUCUGCUCCUGCCGGAGCCCAGCCUGGCGAAUCUCAACAACUGACUCUGGAGGUGAUAGUGAUUUUGUCUUUGCCCAGGAGAGUGGCUUUCCCUUCACGCAGAGUCUCAUACGGUCUGGAGCGGCCAUCCCAUUUACAGCCCUUGCCGCCAUGCCGACUCUCACCGUCUCUCGUAUCAAGGCCUUGACCCAAGGCUCCAGCCAGUCGUUCCUUGACGCUUGGCUCAACGUGGCCAACUCGCCCGAGGCCAUGCGCCUGGACGGCGAAGACACCUGGCUGUCGCGGCUCAAGGCUUCCCGCCAGGACAAGAACAAGAUUGUGUUUUACGGCAUCGAGAUGUGGGUGGACUUGUACCCCGACGUCUUCGACCGCAAGGAGGACUUUUCGUCUUUCCACGUCCCGGGCCUCACCAACGUCGACGCCAACGUCACGAGGCAUCUCCCCGAGGAGCUUGCGCGCGACGACUGGGCGGCGCUCGUUCUGCAUUACCUCGGCCUCGACUGCAUCGCUCACAUGGGAGGGCCGAGGUCCGCUCACAUGCGGCCCAAGCAGUUGGAAAUGGACGCCGUCGUCGAGUCCAUCUACAGGACGCUGGAGACGGCAGUGCACAUGGAGCGCACGCUGCUUAUCCUCCUCGGCGACCACGGCAUGACGGCGCAGGGCAACCACGGCGGGCGUCUCCCCGAGGAGUUGGCCGCCGCCACCGUCUUUAUAUCACCGCGGCUGCGGGGGACCACGUCGACGCGGCGAGACUCUCCGGCGGCCGUCGCACGGGACUACCUGUACUAUUCUACCGUCAGCCAGAUUGACAUUGUGCCCUCGCUUUCUGGACUGUUGGGGUUUUCCAUACCGGAAAGAAACGCAGGAAUCUUCAUACCCGAGCUGUUGUCUGCGAUGGGGGACGACGACGCAGCUACCGACUUCUUGGUAGAAAAUGCCAGGCAGCUUCGUGGCGCUCUGGCUUCUUCGAAACACGGCAUUGCAUCACAUGCCUCUUCGUCUGGAGACGCAAGUUACACCGACUGUGAGGCGCACAGCAGCGAGUUUGGGCGUGCCAUGUGCCUCUGGGAUGCUGUGCUGGAGGCUGAGAAGGAUUGGCAGACUGCGCCGGGGGAUGAGGCUAGAGGAAUGCUGAAGAGCUCCAUCUACGAGUUUGCCAAAGUGGCCCAGAAGCUCUUGAGCAUAUCCGUCGACAACGUUAGUCUCGGUCGACUUCUCAUCGGUAUUGCCUUUCUGAUGACGGCUGUGGCAUUCACAUGUAUGAGUUUUAUCUCGCUCGACUUGACGAGGUGGCCUUUAUUUGCCGCCACCGCCACCCACGCAGCGACCAUGUUCAUCCCAUGGCUCGUCGAAGAGGAACAUCACUACUGGUAUUGGGGCUCGCUGGCAUGGCUUGUAUAUCUUGCGUCUACAAGGGCCCGCGGACCGGACCGCGCUUUUAUUCCCUUUGCAGGCCUCGUGGCUCUCCAGUUCCUGAGUCAGUGCGUCAACCAGAAUGGGACCAAGUACUCGAUCGCUGAGCGCAUGGACGAUUUCAUCUUUCGAAACCCCGUGGCUCUUUGGAUUCCAGUGCUGCUGUCCCACACGUCUGCUCUCAUGUCGAUUGCGCAAAACCUGCGAGCAGGACUGGGUCGACACGCAGCCUUUGGCGCGGCGCUGGCGCUGUGCGCGGCCGCCGUCGUCUUCAAGCUCUCGUCGACGCAUGACUUCAACCCGGAGCUGCUGGGCUUCGCAUCUCAUCAUGCGCAGCACUUCAUGGCCACCCUGAGGCAAGACCGUCUUCUGAAGGCCUUUUGGACAGGGCUCUUGAGUUGCCUGGUCUACUACCUGCUGCAUCAUCGAUUUGGGGACAGCCCUGCCCCAUCAGAUACCAUCAGUAAAGUCGUUGAGCUGUUCAACUUGUACCUCCGAUCGCAGACGCGACCCAAAAACCUUCCCUUGUUUUUAAUGUUCGACUGGCAGCUUCAGGUCUUGAUGAAAAUGAACCCGUCACCUAUUGAAACGGCAACAACGGUUUUACUACUGGGCCAGAGCGCCUUCUACAGCAUGGGGCGAAGCAACUCCAUCGCCACUCUCGACCUUUUGAAUGGGUUCAACGGACUUGGUGAAUCCAGUGUGGUUGGCGUCAUGCUGCAAACCGUCUUGAGCAAUUGGGUUGGCCCUGUUUGGUGGUUGUUUGCCGGCCUACGUCUCUUGACAUCGUGGGCUGAGACGAAACAAGAGCCCUUCACGGGGACACAAAACGGAGACGCCGCGAGUUCCCGUGGAGUACAGUCAACAUCAAAGAGACUUGUCAAGUGGCAAGAGUCGGAGGCCAAGAUUCAUCGUGGCGAUACACAUACGCCGGCGACAUCUGAAACCAAGGCAAAUGGAACAAUGAAAGCCGGAGCGGAAGCGGGCGAAUCUCCGUACUUUGAGUAUUUGGCCCUUCACACUAUGUUCUCGGGCCUGAGCUCUCUGGCGCUUACCUUGGCCUGCUUAUGCACCUGGGGUCAUGAAAAUCUCUGGGAUGUGUUUGCGCCAAAAUUCAUAAAUGCAUCUCUAUGGGCAUUUUUCCACCAGUUUCUGAUGAACUGCCUGGGCUGCUCGUGCUUGUGGUUUCUCAUCAAUGGUAGGCGGUGA